UGCGGGGUCUGGGGAGAUUAGAUUUAGUGAAUGCGGGGUCCGGGGAGAGCGGAUAUAGUGAAUGCGGGGUCCGGGGAGACCGGAUAUAGUGAAUGCGGGGUCCGGGGAGAGCGGAUAUAGUGAAUGCGGGGUCCGGGGAGAGCGAUAUAGUGAAUGCGGGGUCCGGGGAGAGCGGAUAUAGUGAAUGCGGGGUUCCGGGGAGAGCGGAUAUAUUGAAUGCGGGGUCCGGGGAGAGCGGAUAUAGUGAAUGCGGGGUCCGGGGAGAGCGGAUAUAGUGAAUGCGGGGUCCGGGGAGAGCGGAUAUAUAGUGAAUGCGGGGUCCGGGGAGAGCGGAUAUAGUGAAUGCGGGGUCCGGGGAGAGCGGAUAUAGUGAAUGCGGAUGGAGAGAGAUAUAGUGAAUGCGGGGUCCGGGGUGAGUGGUUCU